AUGAAGGAUAUUGGAAGCUUCAACAUUACCAAAUGGGUGCACGAGGACGGACAUAUACGAACGUUUAAACUUGCCGCUGGCGAAAGACCACCCUUCAGUGCAGAGAAUUUUACGCUUAAGUGUUUCGAAACGACGGCUCAUGGUGCGACUCAAGCAGUGCUAGCGAUAUAUCUAUUACAUGAACCUCGACGCAUUUCUGUGGAUCUUGAAUCGAAACCUUCGAUCAUUCUAGGGAGAAGAACAACUGUGGAUAUACUCGAUUCUAAAAACAAGACCCUCAAAUCGUACACGCUUGAAGAUCACACGAAUCAACCACUAAUACAUUAUGUUGACAUAAUCGCUGCGGAGAAGUACUUUGUCAAAGUUUCUGUGAAUUAUACGGAAGACGUCAGAGCUACCAAACUCCUACGAGAUGAAACGCUGGAAAGGUCGAGAAGCGACGAGAUGAAGAGCGUCGAAUUUCCCGCUAUGGGAGUCGCUGCAAACAAAACGGAUAUAACUAAGGAUGCUCUCAAUUUUUCAUACGAAUCCAUUGAUUUUGUGGAGGGUGAUAAUUUAAUCACCUAUUUUGUAAUGCGUAUGGAGUUGUUGAGACCGCUGCGAACAGAAGUAUAUCCGUAUGUAGUUGAAAAGGUUGAAGAACUCAAUUAUGAUGGCACAAGUAGAGACUAUUCAAUAAACGCUUCGUAUUUUGCCGGUUCUAUAUAUGAUAGAUUGAACGUAACUAUUACUCCAGAAGUUGGAGAUUACAAAGGAUCUAGCAAAGAUCUGCUCUUCCCCCUUGAUCAACCGCCUGUCAAGCCACUGACUCGCAGAGCUGGCAGGUUCAAGGCAGUCAUGCCGCUUGAAUGUGCCGAGUUUGUUUCUGGCGAGAGCGAAUGUUUUUGGGAAAUGCUCAUCAAAGAUGACGUAGGAAAGUUGCUCACUCGUCCAAGGAAAUUCCACAAUGGCACAGAGAUCCCAGAAUUGAAGAGCGUUGGAGUUUUCCUAGAUGAGAGCUACACUAAUAAAACCACGUUGUUCUUUUGUUACGUGAAGCCAUCAACAACAUAUGAUGUUCAUAAAUGGACAACAGCUAUCGAAGUGGUCCCGGUUCAAAGUCAUCAACUGAAAGCAAAGUUGACGAUGGAUAUUCUUGAGGAAAGGCCUCGUUAUAUGGUUAUAAAAUGGAGUGUGGACGAUCUCCCGGCAAACAUUUCCGGUAUAAGAAUUUCGGUCGGUAUCUUCGAUGGUGCAGAAAAAUACAAAGAGCUCGAGUCUGGUAUACUCAAAACGACAGGAGUGGUGGAGUAUCAACUUGGGUACGGAGGGCGAGGGCUGAAAGUUCAAGUCGCAGUAAAUUUCACUGACGAUCAUGUAAUUGAGUUUACAGAGGAAAAAAAAAUUAUCGAACCGAUCGAGGAAAUAAAAGUGGUCGAUCUCAAACGCGUUAACAACUCUGAGAAAGAAGACACAAAAGUAACUCUCAAGUGGAAUACAACAGGAGCGCGACCGUUUGAAGCGAAGAAAUUGUUUUACGAAAUAAAGAAACAAAUAUGGCAAAAAGAAUGGACUGAUUAUUCUACAACAGUUCAUAAAGCCGAUACGUCCGGGACUCAAGCUUAUGUGUUCGACAGCGUGAAAUUGCUUCUUAUAUCUCCGAGGUUGCAAGUAACAGUUACUCCGAAAUUUGAUAACUACACUGGAAUCUCUGAUACUAUCAACUUUUCAUUGAAAACUGGUGAUCUGGAAAUAGAUGUACGAGUUGUCAAAUUUGGAACAGGCUUACGGUUGACCUGUAUUGGCUACAAACCAGGACUCGAAUCUCAUUGGGAACGCCAGGAAGAUGGGAAAGACGAUUCGGCAGGGACUACUGAAAAUCGCGAAACUCUACAUAUUGUCGUCGAAAAGGGUCAACUGUACUACAGGUGCUACGUAAAGGAGGACUACUACAAGCAAACUACAGCCAUUUACAUUUUCGGUGUAGAAGGACCUCCUCCUUCUCCUCAGUUGAACCUGCGAAUAGUUAGAUCCAAGCCUUAUAAACUUCACGUAGAUUGGGUGGUGGAUUGGCGCGAGGAAAUUCCGACGAGAAGUUUUAUCCUGACUGUUAAGCAAGAUGAUUCCCAAAAGCUUGAGAAGAAAACCUUGGAAAAGAAAGGUACAAUCUCGACUGAAAUUACCGCUGACAGCGCUAAAAUCACAGUACUUGGAAAUGCUUCCUAUGGAGAAAAUUUGCACAAGACGACCGAAAAAAUAAUCAACAUAGAACCCAUUACGUUAGUGAAUUUUGGAAUGUCAGACGAAGCUAUAGAUACUAUGACGAUAAAUUGGAAAGUCAUGGGAGUUCUACCUGAAGAGGAACCACAAUAUAAAAUCAAGAUCACGUGUGGAAAUGACUAUGAAGAGGAGAAAAUGAUAAAGCAAAACUCUACCGUGGUUCCUAUUAAACGUCGGCCGUACAACUGCGAAUUGAAGGCACAGGCGAUAUUGGAAUCCUACGAAGGACCUAUAGCCACUUACACAGUAAAGUUGGAUGCUAAGGCACUGGACGUGGCACCAACAAACGUGAAGUUCACAACCGCAGGCCCUACAACUAUCAUCGAAUUCGACCCCAUACCUGCAGAAGUAAUGCAGAGGUUUGGCAUAGAUAAAGGGUGUCAGGUGAGUCAUUACUCUCUAUUUUAUUUUAGGCUUCAUUUCUCAUUUGAAACUACUGUACAUGGCCACUCAUAUAGCUUCUUGAAUGGUCACAAAGGAGGCUCAUAG